GCACGGGGCCCCGAGCAGCUGGGAGCGGGACGGACCUCUCCCCGCUGCAGAGUCCCGGUACGGCCGGACCGGAGCUUAGGGGUGCCCAAGGGACAAUGACCAGAACUGGCCAUGACGGAGUUGGACUGCCCUGCCAGUAAUCCUGGGUGACCAUGCCUGUUCCUGGGCCAGCCCUGCUCCGAGCUCUUUGGGCUCUGUGUGCCCUGGUGCCCUGGGCUCGGCCAUUUCCAGCCUCCUUCUCCUAUAAUGGCACCCGCUUUCGGCACCUGGCCCGCGACCCACUCUCCGGUACCCUCUAUGUGGGGGCCACAAACUUCCUGUUCCAGCUGAGCAUGGAGCUAAAACUGGAGGCAGUGGUGCCCACCGGGCCCGUGAUGGACAGCCGGGACUGUCUUCCACCUGUGUCGCAGCUGGAGUGCCCCCAAGCCACGUCCACCGACAACCACAACCAGCUCCUGCUGGUGAAUGAGGCCCAGGGGGCCCUGAUAGCAUGCGGCAGUGUGCACCAAGGCGUGUGUGAGCAAAGGAGGCUGGGGGAACUGACCCACCUGUUGCUGCGGCCAGAGCGUCCGGGGGACACCCAGUAUGUUGCAGCCAACGACCCGACGGUUAGCACUGUGGGGCUGGUGGGUUGCGGCCCGGCAGGGGAGCCCUUGCUCUUCGUGGGCCGGGGCUACACCAGUAAAGGCGUGGGCGGGGGCAUCCCACCCAUCACCACCCGCGUCUUGCUCCCACCUGACCCCCAGUCAGCCUUUUCCUACGAGGAGACGGCUAAGCUGGCCGUGGGGCGCCUGUCCGAAUACAGCCACCACUUCGUGACAUCCUUUGCCCGCCAGGCCAGCGUCUACUUCCUCUUCUACCGCCGGGACCUGCGGGCCCAGUCCCGGGAGUUUCGCCCGUACAUCUCCCGUGUCUGCCUGGGGGACCAACAUUACUAUUCCUAUGUGGAGCUUCCUCUAUCCUGCCAGGGGGCCUCUCGCCCCUACGGACUGGUACGGGCAGCGGCUGUGGUGGUGCCCGGAGCCUGGGGGGGUGCGCAGGGUGAGGUACUCUUUGCCGCAUUCUCGGUCUGGCCUGCACCCACCGGUCAGCAAUCCGAGGCCUCUGCGCUCUGCGCCUUCUCCCUGGAUGAGGUCGACCGGCUGGCCAAUGCCACGCGGGACGCCUGCUACACGCGUGAAGGCCGGGCUGAAGAUAGAGCUGAGGCAGCCUACAUUGAGUAUGAUGUCAACUCCAAUUGUGCGCAGUUGCCCGCGGACACUCUGGAUGCUUACCCCUGUGGGUCUGACCACACGCCCAGCCCCAUGGCUAGCAGCGUGCCCCUGGAGGCUGUACCCAUCUUGGAGUGGCCGGAUGUCCAGCUGACGGCAGUGGCAGUGAGCGUGGAAGAUGGACACACCAUCGUCUUCCUGGGAGACAGCCGUGGGCAGCUGCACAAGGUGUAUCUGGGGCCGGAGGGUGACAGCCACCCUUACGCAGCCCCGUUCAUCCAGCGGGACUCAGCGGUGAGCGGGGAUUUGCUCUUUGACCAGGGCCAGGAGCACCUGUAUGUCAUGACCCAGGACACGGUCGUGAAGUUCCCUGUGGCCACCUGCUCCGAGCACUUGGAUUGCGUGUCAUGCUUGGCCCAGCAGGACCCAUACUGUGGGUGGUGUGUGCUGCGUGGGCGGUGUAGCCGCCGGAGUGAGUGCUCCCGGGCAGGUGUGAAAGAGCGCUGGCUCUGGAGCUUCAGUCCCGAGCAGCAGUGCCUGGGCAUCCAAACCCUGAGCCCAGCGAACAUCAGCCGGGAAGAGAAGAGAAAUAUAUUCCUGUCUAUCUCAGAUUUGCCCCCCCUGAGUGAAGAGGAGUCAUACUCCUGCUACUUUGAGGAAUACGAGAGUCCAGCUGUGCUAACCAAGACAGGGGUCAUGUGCCCCUCCCCAGACCCAAGCCAGGCCCCAGCCCUGGAGCUGGGAACAGACCACGUCUCUGUGGCAUUGGUGCUGCGAUAUGGGUCUGUGGUCAUUGCAUCUGCCAAAUUCUCCUUCUAUGACUGUGCUGCAGUUGCCCAGCUCCACCCAUCUGCACCGUGCCAAGGCUGUGUGAGUAGCCCCUGGGGAUGCAGCUGGUGUGUAUGGCAACAUCUGUGCACCCACAAAGCAGCCUGUGAGGAGGGGGCCAUUGUCUACAGCCAGAAGAUUCAGAUUCCCACUUCAUGGCCUCUUCUUUCUUCAGUCCUUCCCACAGGAGAAGCUCUCACUUCCCUCCCUCCUGUGGCUACAAAAGCCCAGACUUCUCCAACUCCCCCAGUCACCUUUGAUACUCCGGCAUCAGAGCCCAAAACCCUCCCUCACACAGAGCCUGGGCUCCCCACACCAGAGCCUGGGAGCUCCCAGAUGACACCUGGGUUCACCCCCACUGAACCCGUUUCCCUCUCUUUUAAGGGUAUUUCCACCACGGACCUUGUGGCCUUAGCUGUGACCCCUCAGCCCACAGAAGCUCCCCCCACCCCUCCUCCUCUUCCCUCGGCCCUGGUAACUACCCAGGUGUCCAGGAUGACAUUUGGACCUACCCUGGGCCCCACCCAGCCAGUCCCGACGAUGGGUCCCAGCCACCCCCCGGACCUCCUCAUGGGGCCCAGAACUACCCCGGAUCGAGACGACUCUGACACUGAUAAGAAGAAUGCAGCCCCCACACUGCCCACAGCCGCUCCAGAAACAGGGUCCCCAGAUUGGUUCACCACCCCGGCCCCCACCUUGGCCCCAGCAGCCCUGCAACCUACGGCAGCGGCUCCAAACUCUUCCUCUCUUGAGGCUCAUUCCCUGGGUGUCCCUGGGACCAUGAUGCCAACCCUGGAGCCCCAGGCGACAACCCCCACUACUUCUGGCCCCCCUGACCAUGCUCCCGGAAGCCCCCCCUCCACCCAUUUCCCAGGAGAGUUGGAGAAUGAUACAGUUGACUCUGAAGCACUUCCCCCCGACUGGCUGUUCCGAGAAGGUCCCCGGCUCCCAGAGGCAGAUGAGUGGACAGAGAGUGACACAUCGCCCUUCUCCGCUUCCACGCUUCUGUCAGGUGACGGCGAUUCAGCUGAGCACGAGGGCCUUGAUGCCCCCCACAUCCUUCUCCAUGACCUCGACUACCAAUACGAUUCCCCAAAGUCCUGGGAGCUGGAGGAGCUGAGUCAAGGUCCUGAUGCCUGUCCGUGCGUACAAAGUGUCCAGGGAUCCUCUCUUCUUCCUGUCAACGUGGAGCGGGAGAUCACACUCCUAGCCAGGAACUUCCACCUGUACCAGGAUGAAUGGGAGGGCUAUGAGUGUGUGCUGGAGCUGGAUGGACUCUCUGUGGUCAUGGAGGCCAACGUGGAGGGGGAUGACACCUCCGGGUCCCUCUACCAUAUUACCUGUCAGCUGCGCCAGCUCACCUAUACAUCUCUGCAGUCUGAGUUCCGGGUGGCCGUGUUUGUGCAGAGGAGGCAAGGCCUGCGGGUGGACAGUGUAGAUGGACUUCAUGUGACUCUCUACGACUGCUCCGUGGGCCACUCAGACUGCAGCCUCUGCCAAACGGCCGACCCCCGCUACGGCUGCGUCUGGUGUGAUGAGAAGCAUCCGCGCUGUGCCUUCCGGGAAGCCUGUGCCGAGACCAUAGCAGCCCUGUGCCCGGCCCCGCUCAUCCACGCAGUGGAGCCGCUGUCUGGGCCCGUGGACGGAGGCACCCGCAUAACCAUCACAGGCUCCAACCUGGGCCAAAAGCAUGAAGACAUUGCAGAGACGGUCACUGUAGCCGGAGUCCCUUGUGCCGUGGAUGCUCAGGAGUAUGAGGUCUCGAGCAGUAUUGUGUGCAUCACUGGUGGGAGCAAGGAGGAAAAGGAGGGUUACGUGGUUGUGGAAGUCCCCGGGGGCGGGCACGGCAUCUCUGUCCAAAAAUUCACCUACCAGAACCCAGAGCUGACGUCCAUCUUCCCCACUCGAGGUCCUGAGGCCGGGGGGACGUGUCUGACCCUGACAGGCUCCAAGCUGCUCACCGGUCGGCUGACUGACAUCCGUGUGAUGGUGGGAGACCUUCCCUGUCACCUCUCCUCCUCGGGGCUGCAGGAGAAGGAGCUCCAGUGCCAGACCAGCCCCAGCAAUGGGUCUGGGGCCCUGCAGGUCACUGUGCAGUUUGGAGAUGCUGAGCGGCGAGUCCUCCACCACCUGUUCUGGUACACCCCUAACCCCAACCUCACCUCUGCUGGCCCAGCCAAGAGUUUCUUCAGUGGGGGCCGGGAGAUCCGGGUUCACGGGCAGAAUCUGGAUGUGGUGCAGACCCCUCGCAUCCGGGUCACCGUGUCACCUUGGGAGCAGCGGCGCCGGCGCCGGGGGCUGGGGCGGAGGCGGAGGAUGAUCCCGGAGACGGAGUGCCCCUUGGAUGCCCUGUGCAGUGUCCAGUUGUUCGAGGAGCCGUGUCUCAUCAACUCCUCCCACCUCAUCAUCUGCAAAACCCCGGCCAUCCAUCUGCUGCUGGGGAAUGCCCACAUCCGGCUGGAAUUUAUCCUGGACAACCUACGCUUUGACUUCAACUCCCUCCACCCGUCCCAGUUCUCUUAUGAAGCCAACCCGACUCUGAGGCACCUCAAUGCCGAGGACCCCGCCAAGCCCUACAGACAUAAACCAGGCAGCGUCCUCUCUGUGGAGGGAGAGAACCUGGACUUGGCGAUCUCCAAGGAAGAGGUGGUGGCUAUGAUUGGCAAGGGGUCCUGCCUGGUGAAGACGCUGACCAAGAACCACCUGUAUUGUGAGCCUCCAGCCGAGCAGCCAGCCCCCCAGCCCCGAGCUUCUGGUGAGGGGCCAGAAACCCUCCCAGAGUUCACGGUCCAGAUGGGGAACUUGCAGUUCAGGUUGGGCCGUGUGCAGUAUGACACCGAGAAUCCUCUUGCCUUUCCCGUGGAGGCUCAGGUCGGCUUAGGGGUUGGUGCGUCCCUCGUGGCCCUUGUUGUCCUCAUCAUUGUCUUCAUCUACAGACGAAAGAGCAAACAGGCCCUCAGAGAUUACAAGAAAGUUCAAAUCCAACUGGAGAAUCUGGAAACCAGCGUCCGAGACCGCUGCAAGAAGGAGUUUACCGAUCUGAUGACAGAGAUGACAGACCUCACCAGUGACCUCGUGGGCAGCGGGAUCCCCUUCUUGGAUUACAAGUCAUACGCAGAACGAGUCUUCUUCCCGGGGCAUCGUGAGUCACCGCUGCAGAGGGACCUGGAUGUGCCCACGUGUCGCCGCCAGACAGUGGAGCAGGGCUUGGUGCAACUCUCCAACCUCCUCAAUAGCAAGCUCUUCCUCACCAAGUUUAUCCACACCUUGGAGUGCCAACGGACUUUCUCCCCCCGGGACCGGGCCUAUGUUGCCUCCCUCUUGACCGUGGCCCUUCAUGGCAAACUUGAAUACUUCACCGACAUCCUCAAGACGCUGCUCAGUGACCUUGUGGAGCAGUAUGUGGCCAAAAACCCCAAGCUGAUGCUGCGUAGGACUGAGACCGUAGUGGAGAAGCUGCUCACUAACUGGAUGUCCAUUUGCCUCUAUACCUUUGUGAGGGACUCUGUGGGUGAACCACUCUACAUGCUCUUCAGGGGGAUCAAACACCAGGUGGACAAGGGCCCUGUGGAUGGGGUGACGGGCAAAGCCAAAUACACACUGAACGACAACCGACUGCUCCGGGAGGACCUUGAAUACCACACCCUGACUCUAAAUGCCGUGACUCAGGCAGGGAGCACGGUGGGAGGAGCAGAAGAGACUCAGGGUGUAUCUGUGAAGGUGCUGGACUGUGACACCAUCACCCAGGUGAAGGAAAAAGUCCUGGAUCAGGUCUACAAAGGGACCCUGGCUGGUCUCCGGCCGGACCCUGACGCUCUGGAUGUUGAAUGGCGAUCAGGGGUGGCUGGCCACCUGAUCUUGUCUGAUGAGGAUGUGACCUCUGUUGUUCAAGGCAAUUGGAAGAGGCUUAACACGCUGCAGCACUACAAGGUUCCCGAUGGAGCAACUGUGGCCCUUGUUCCUCGUCUGACCAAACAUUUUCCUCGGGAAAACCAGGAUUUUGUCCCUGGAGAGAAGACACCGAUGCUGGAAGAUGUGGACGAGGGGGGUGUCAAGUUGUGGCACCUGGUGAAGCCCUCUGAGGAGCCCGAACUUCCCAAGCACCGCCGGGGGAGCCUGCGGGACCGAGAGCGAGCCAAGGCCAUCCCUGAGAUCUACCUGACCCGCCUCCUGUCCAUGAAGGGCACUCUGCAGAAGUUUGUGGACGACCUGUUCCAGGUGAUUCUCAGCACAAGCCACCCUGUCCCGCUGGCUAUCAAAUAUUUCUUUGACCUGCUGGAUGAGCAGGCACUGCAGCAUGGGAUCUCCGACCCGGAGACCAUCCACAUCUGGAAGACCAACAGCCUGCCCCUGCGGUUCUGGAUCAACAUAAUCAAGAACCCACAGUUUGUUUUUGAUGUCCAGACGUCGGACAACAUGGAUGCAGUGCUCCUGGUCAUUGCCCAGACAUUCAUGGACUCUUGCACUCUUGCUGACCACAAACUGGGCCGGGACUCCCCCAUCAACAAGCUGCUCUACGCCCGAGACAUUCCUCGCUACAAGCAGAUGGUGGAGAGGUACUACGCAGACAUUCGGCAAACCAUUUCUGCUAGCGACCAGGAGAUGAAUUCAGCACUCGCUGAGCUGUCCAGGAAUUACUCAGGUGACCUCAAUGCCCUAGUAGCUCUCCACGAACUGUACAAGUACAUCAACAAGUACUACGACCAGAUUAUCACUGCAUUAGAAGAGGAUCCAACCGCUCAGAAGAUGCAACUGGGCUAUCGCCUGCAGCAGAUCGCCGCCUCUGUGGAGAACAAAGUCACCGAUUUGUGACCUGCACAUCCCCUCGACCAUGGCCCCCGGAUGGGUCCAUCGGGACCCUCGACUUCCCCCGCCUCAGGAAGCGGGUUCUCUCAGACCGGCAUGCCUGUGGGACUGGGGAAGAGCAGAUGGCCCCAGUGGGGAAGGGCAGGUGGGCGGGAGGCGGAGAAGGGCAUCCUCUAGUUAGGAAAUCUCUUUUUCACAGAUGAUUUUUCCCGGCAUUUUCCAAGCCGGCUUUAGUUGAAGGAGCUUCCCUCGCAGGGUUCGCUGCUGCCGGGCUCUGUCCCGGUGGAGUUUCAGGCCCUCUUGGAGCUGGAUUGCACAUGAGCUUGAGGAGGGGAAAAGGGCAUGUUGUGCCUUAGAGUCCACAGCCUGCCAUCUGACCCCAAUCCUGAAAUCUGCCUGGCAGCUCCCAGCCCAGGCCCCUCAGGCAAGACAUACUGCCGUUGUCUUCCACUGCUUCUCAGAGCUUGGGGCGAGCUGGCGGUGGCUCACUGGUUGCCAUCCCUGGCCCCAAGCACCAGCCCCUGCACUGUUCCCCUUGGAUCCUCAAGGAGCUGGGCCUGAGCUCCUGUAAUGACUUCACUAGCCCGUUAGGAUUAACCCUGGGGCUUUAGCUGUUCCUGUUUGCUGCUCCAUUGACUGAAGGAAGUUUCAGUCAAUGGCAGCAGAAACAAGACUUCCCCUCCUUCCCCACUCCUGUUGCUUGACAACUUCCUGCCUCACUCUCCCUGGCUUAACAGGCCUCCUUUCUCUGCUUCCUUCAGUCGUGCACCUCUUCUCGCUCCUCUGCUGCAGCAGUGAACCCCGAAGAGGGGGUCCCCUCCCUGCUGGGUCCAAAUUUACGACUCUCAUGUGCCCCAUCCUUACCCUGGGGGCCAGCACCAGCAGUUCCUUCUCUUAAACUUUCUUCCUUAAGGCCUUAAUUGGGCUCACGAACGGUCAACCACGGGUCCCUGAGCUCAAAACCGACUGUUACCCGCCUGGCCUGCAUACUCUUCUCCUCGUUGUCUCCUGAUGUUGGCACUCGUUCAUCGUUUUGGGACCCUCAUGCCCCUCUGGGCCCUGGGACCAAUCCUUUCCUUCCUAAGGCCUUACCCUGUCACAUCAUUCCCAGCAUCCUCUAUCUCCUCACUGGACAUUGGGCCCCCCUGCAAUCUGUUCACCAACAACCCCAGCAGAGGUUUUUCUUAAGAAGGAGCUUCACUGUGGAUUGGCCAUCCCUUGACCCAGAUCCCUUGGCCCUGCGAACAGAGCAUUUUCGGAACGUCCCCCUCCCCUUCAUCCCCUCCCACCCCACCCAGUCCCAGUGCUGACUGCUACAAAUCAGAAUUAAUGAUUAAUGUAAAACAUGAUUUUUUUUGACCUAGUGAAAUAAUGGCUGUAGAUAAUGUUGUGAGACCUAGGACUCUGUUGCUGCAACGAGAAGGUCUGUGUGUAAAUACUCGCUGUAGAUUGAAAAAAAAGAGAUUGUGAUCACGUAACUCAUUAAACUUUUAAUAUACAGACUCAGCA